AUGAACAUCGCUAUCAUCCCGUUAUCUAUUUGUUUACAUACAAUAAGAACGAACGAAAGCAGUUAAAACGAGAUGAAUAUUUCAGUAGAUUUUAACGUUAUCUUUUGAUUCUGGUAGUUGGGCAGCGUGUUUCAUUUCGUGUAGUUGUGUUUGUGCGUGACUCAGUCAACGAUGACGGACGAGUGCCAAUUGUUUUUGAGCAAACGCCUGGUUACUGAAACUAAAAUCUUCGAUGGUGGAGUUCUUGUCGACGAACGUGGUAUUAUUGUGGAUGUUCUGGAACGAAAUGAAGCCGAAAAGCUGAUAACACAAAGCAAGGGUAAACUUAAAGUGACAGAUGGAGGAGACUGGGCGCUCAUAGCGGGGGUGGUCGAUUCGCACGUCCACGUGAAUGAACCCGGCCGCACUGCGUGGGAAGGGUUUCGCACCGCAACCAAUGCAGCUGCAGCUGGAGGCAUCACCACCAUCGUCGAUAUGCCAUUGAAUUCAAUUCCACCGACAACGACAUUGGAAAAUCUUAAAACUAAAGUUAAAUCUGCUACAGGACAUGUUUACGUUGAUGUUGGAUUCUGGGGUGGAGUAAUAGUUGGAAACCAGGAUUCUUUGCGAGACCUGGUUAAGGCUGGAGUAGUUGGGUUUAAAUGCUUCCUUUGUCCGAGUGGCGUCGAUGAAUUCCCUAAUGUUGGAGCUGAAGAUUUAGAGCUAGCUUUUAACGCUCUUGAGGGUACUGGAUCCGUUUUGGCAUUUCAUGCUGAACUUGAAGACGAUUGUCCUGAUGAUAAAACUACUAACAAACAAGAUCCGGAGGAAUAUAACACAUAUUUGGAGUCUCGUCCACCUAAAAUGGAACUAAACGCAAUAUCACUAAUUACAAGCUUUCUGGAAAGAACAGAUGUCCGCGUCCACGUAGUUCACGUUUCUUCGGCAACUGUUGUUCCUCUUUUGGAAAAAGCUCGUGCGUCACGACUCACUAAGGGUCACAAAGCCUGGCGCGGUGGAGUCACCGCAGAGACCUGCCACCAUUACCUCACGUUAAGUGCCAAAGAUGUCCCUCGAGGGCACAGUGAGUACAAAUGUGCACCUCCUAUAAGAGAUGCCGAUAACAAGGAGAUGCUAUGGAAAUGCUUGCUGGAUGACAAAUUGGACCUGGUCGUCUCGGAUCAUUCGCCCUGUACGCCCGAUCUUAAAUGCAGUAAUAACUUAGAAGCUUGGGGUGGAAUUUCUUCUGUUCAAUUUGGUCUUUCAUUAUUUUGGACACAAGCAUCAACCAGGGGUUUGGACUUGAGGGCAAUAAGCAAGUACUUAAGCAAUGGGCCCGCUAACUUGUGCGGAUUGCAAAAUCGCAAAGGGGCGUUAAAGAAAGGUCUCGAUGCGGAUCUGGUGUACUUUGCCCCCGAUGAAACUUUUGUCGUAAAGUCAGACAUUAUUCGACAUAAGAACAAGCUGACGCCUUAUAUCGGAAAGGAAUUGAAGGGAGUCGUGAAGAAAACUUAUGUGCGGGGCCAGUUGGUAUUUGCUAAAGGAGACAUUGUCGGCGAACCGAAAGGAAAAUUAUUGAUUGGGGGGUUGGAUUAGUUAUUGAAAAAAAAACAGGGAUCCUAUAAAGAUUUUUUUUUUUCCAUUGUGGUGUUCACGUUCAUAUAAGUGGAAACAAUGUUUGAAAUACCUAUUUUGUUGUUUUUUAUAUCACUACUAACUAAAUAUAUUACAAUGAAUAAAACUGC